CCCGCUCCAAACAAAGGGGUGAGAAGACCACCUCACCUCAUCGCUCUCUCUGUCUCUUCCCCACCCCACCCGCCCCAAUGUCGCCGCCCCUCGAGCCCCGCGACUACAUCGGCCUCUCCGCCGCCGCCGCCGCUGCCCCGCCGACCCCGACCUCCUCCUCGUCCUCGUCCUCGUCCUCGCCGGCCCCCCGCCUCACACUCCACCUCGGCCUCCCGGGCUCCGAGUCCCCCGACCGCGACUGCUCCGUGGACGUCGCCGCCGCGCUCUCCCUGGGCCCCCUGCCGGGUCCCCCCAAGGCCGCUGCUACCUCCACCAAGCGCGCCUUCCCCGACUCCUCCCACCGCGCCUGCCCCGUCUCCGCAGUCGGUGUCACCAGGACCAGCGCGGACAAGCAGGCGCCCCCCGCCGCGCCACCGGCCGCCAAGGCGCAGGUGGUGGGAUGGCCGCCCGUGCGGAACUACCGGAAGAACACGCUGGCCGCGAGCGUCUCCAAGAGCAAGGGGGCGGUGGCGGAGGAGGGCGCGUCCGGAGGGGGACCGAUGUAUGUGAAGGUGAGCAUGGAUGGCGCCCCAUACCUGAGGAAGGUCGACCUCAAGAUGUACUCGAGCUACGAGGACCUCUCCAUGGCACUCGAGAAUAUGUUUAGCUGCUUCAUCACUGGUCAAAGUGGUUUGCGUAAAUCACCAAGUAAAGACAGGAGUACUAAUGCUUCAAAGACGGAUGCCCUCCAAGACCAAGAAUAUGUCCUUACGUAUGAAGAUAAGGAUGCUGACUGGAUGCUGGUUGGUGAUCUUCCAUGGGACUUGUUUACCACUAUCUGCCGGAAACUGAAGAUCAUGAGAGGAUCUGAUGCGGCUGGAAUAGCGCCAAGAUCGCUAGAGCAGACAGGUCAGAACAAAUAAGGUUGACUUCAGGUCUGCGCUCGAUGAAGACAUCUGAGCUAGCUGUGAGAUGAUGUUGAAGGCUGAAAUUGGUCGUGGGAAGUUUCUCAUUUCUCAAAUGUCAGUAAUGUAGUUUCAUGUAUUUCUUAGGCGUGUGCAUUUGGGUUGUCUGUGAUAUGAUCCUUGAGAUCGUGCCACCGUGGGGUGCCCGUCUUUUGACCUUUGAAGUUCAGGCAAUACACUCUGCUUCCUGUGUGCACGUUUUCCUACAUUUCCUAUAUACUCUAUUCUGAAAUCA